GGCAUGGGAGGCUGUGGAGCGUGGUGGUUGCUGACUCCCUCCACUCGGCGCCCCUGCCGGCCCCAGCUCCCGGCCCGGCCAGCCGGCUGAUUUAGGCCUGGUUUUAUCUGGAAACAACAAGGAUAUCCAAAGCCAAUAAUUGAGUUUAUGGCUUUUCCAAGCCCCCUCCAGCCUCUCCUGACCAAAAUCUGGGGCCAAGCUCAGAGAUUAGGAAGUGGCUGCCUGCACUAUUUUCCAAAGGAUACAUGUUACAAAGCAUUGAAUACGGCAGCUCACCCAGAAAAUCCUACUGGUUUGGGGCAGGGGACACCUCUUCCAGCAGCCACAAGGGAUGCUGCUGCCCUGGUCUCCUCCCUGCAAGGUUUUGUGUAGAUCCUGUGCAGUGAUGGGGAAACUGCAAAGCAAACUCAAACAUAGCACUUACAAGUACAGCAGGCCCGACGGAAUUCUAGAAGAGAGAAUUCAAACUAAAGCUUGUCAGGAGUAUAGCCCAGCCCACGUGGAUACUGUGUCUGUCGUUGCUGCCCUGAGCUCAGACCUGUGUGUCUCUGGAGGAAAAGAUAAGACAGCUGUGGCCUACGACUGGAAAACCGGAAAUGUGGUGAGACGUUUCAGAGGACACGAACGAGAAAUCACUAAGAUAGCCUGUGUGCACAGAUCGAGCCAGUUCUUCAGCGCCUCUCGUGACAGGAUGGUCAUGAUGUGGGACUUGCACGGCCCCUCACAACCAAGGCAGCAGUUCUCUGGCCACGCCAUGGUGGUCACUGGAUUGGCCGUGAGUCCAGACUCUUCACAGCUGUGUACUGGCUCUCGGGACAACACCCUGCUUCUGUGGGACGUUGGGACCGGCCAGUGUGCAGAGACAGCUUCCAUCUCCAGGAACCUGGUCACUCACUUGUGCUGGGUCCCCCAGGAACCAUAUAUACUACAGACUUCUGAAGAUAAAACCAUCAGAUUAUGGGACAGUCGGGGGCUGCAGGUAGCGCAUAUAUUUCCCACAAAGCAGCAUAUUCAGACCUACUGCGAGGUCAGUGAGGAUGGACACAAAUGUAUCUCCUGCAGCAACGGCUUUGGAGGGGAAGGCUGUGAAGCCACGUUGUGGGACCUACGGCAGACGCGGAAUAGAAUAUGUGAAUACAAGGGGCAUUUCCAGACUGUCACAUCCUGUGUCUUUCUACCAAGAGCAUUAGCCUUGAUGCCUACAAUUGCCACCUCAUCACAUGACUGCAAAGUGAAGAUUUGGAACCAAGAUACUGGAGCCUGCCUGUUCACCUUGUCCCUGGACGGAUCAGGACCUUUGACUUCCCUGGCUGUUGGCGACACUGUCUCCUUGCUGUGUGCGAGUUUCAGCCGAGGAAUUCACCUGCUCAGAGUGGACUACAGCCAAGGGCUGGCACUGCGGGAGGUGGCAGCAUUCUGAGGCCAAGAGACACUCACUUUCAAACCGUGGCCUGUCCUUUCUCAGUGUGGCGGCUUUGUUCUUCCCUGUGAUCUUGCGGGGGGCAGGGGUGGGCAGUGAUGUGGGACCAGGGUUCUCCGCUUAGUUCCACUCAGAAGGCAUAUCAGGGUUAGAAGCCAGUUUAAGGCCAGGUGCAGUUUAGAAACAUGAACUAAACAUAAAGUUCUCCAUCGAGGUGAAAUCCAAACACAGUUUUCAGUGACCUUUAGGAACCGCUCUUCAAAAACCAAGUUUAUGGCUCCAAAUGGUGCCCUGCAUGUGUAAGAGUGAUAGGCCUCUUUGAGUCAGAACACAGGGUCGAGUCUGUCGAACUGGCCUGUUCCGCGUCUCCACGAGAGAAGAAGAUGCAGGGGGGAGGCACACCGCUCUGGCAGCCUCACGGUGAUCCAGAUGGGGAAGGACAGCACAGCUCCAUAGCGGAAAUGGAUUGUAGACAUGAGAUUAAGCUCCAGUCACUGCUCCUCAGCAAGGUGAAGAACCAAAGUUAGGUCAAGAAAGAAGUCUUGGCUUCUACUCGGAGGAGCCGCAGAGUGGAAGGAGGCAUGUCCUAGACCGGUGCUGAGGUGGCAUGAAAAUUAGACCCCAGGUGGCUUGGAAAGGCCAACAGCCCAAGGGCCUUGCCCUUGAAUCCUAAUUGUCAAACCUGUGCAUAAGAAAAUGGGGAGGUUCUGGGCGCCCGAGUGGCUCAGGUUAUGAUCUCACAGUUCGGGGGCUCGAGCCCUGAAUCGGGCGGGCUCUGUGCUGACAGCUCAGAGCCUGGAGCCUACCUUGGAUGUGUUACCCUCUCUGCCCCUUCCCCACUCGUGCUCUCUCUCUCUCUCUCUCUCUCAAAAAUAAACAUUAAAAAAAAGAAAGAAAGAAAAUGGAGAGGUUCCAAGAUUAAGGCUACAACAAAUUUCAUUUGUACAUUUUAAUAUUUUUAGUUAGUUUUGUAUAAACUCUUGGGGAUGGCCCGCGUGAGCCAAAUGGGAGUUUACAACAACAACAGAACAUAGAGAAAACAGAGGGAUGGACUCAACCGUGUGCUAGCUAGUGAGUCCUCCCGGGUGAGGAGGGGCACAGUGCUCAGGUCAGCCUGUGUGGCCCCCAAGACAUCUGUCCCCAGCCUGGUGCUCACCAGCCCAUUUCCUUCACGGAUGAUAGAGUCCCUCCUGCCAUCAGGCGAGUCCACACAUAAGGCAACAGAGGCCUGGGGAUUCCCUUUCUGAUGAGUCCCAACCAAAGAAAGCCUUUGUACUUGUCUUCCCUGGCCCCUGCCUGUCCCUGAUACCAAGAGAUGACAGCCAUCUUCCUCGUCUCCCUCCUGUUCCUCUUUGGGGCCAGCUUCCCCAUGGGACGAUCUUAAGCUAGUGCAGUGUCAGUCCUGAGUUUGACUCUCCACUUCUCCAUUUAGCUGGGUGCACUUGGGUGUAUAAAAUAGCAGUUUCCUCACCAAUAAUGUGGAGCGAAUAAUCCCACGUUCCUGACAGUGCUGUUCUGAGAACUGAACAAAACUAUAUUAAAUGCCAAGCAAGGUAGCGGGUGCUUAUAAAGGAUAACCAUAGUUAAUUAUUGCUCUCUGUCUGGACCGAACACUCUCCUCUCCUCACAAAACAUUUACCAUUCCUUCACCCAUUCUCCUUAGAUCUUAUUUCUAAACCUUUAGUCCUUUUGUGGCUUCCCUUCGACUCCUUAAGUUACGGAUCUUUGAGGUCUGGAAGGACAAAGGGAUAGCGGGAGAGGAAGCUAUUUCACUGAGCACCCACAGCUGUCUGGAUACGUUUAUUCUCGCCACAAAUCGUGUUAUUCCCGUGUCGCAGAUGAGGAAGCUGAGGCCCGGGAACAUUCAGUCCUUUGCCCGAGGUGACACACGGAGAGAGGAAAGAGAAGAACGGAGAUCUGAGCCAGGGUCUGCCCAACUCAAAGCCAGAAUACUUUCCUUCCCACUCCUUUGUCAUUGCGUGAUGUCACAAAGUUCAUUUUAGAAAUUCGUAGACUCUGACACUGUGUGUGUAUUUUCUAGACCAGUUACUAACUUUUUUGGCUCCGAAGAGACCCUCCUGGUCAGGUGCCCAGAAACCGUACACAGGUGUCUCGGGGACGGUCCUAGCGCAUCCUGAACUUCUAGUGCUACAGCUAACCCUUUCUUCUGGGAAGAAGAUGGGCGGUAAGUCAGGAAGUCUAAGGGAGUGGGUUGGGAGGGGGUCCCAGGGAAGAGGACCAGAGGGGAUGUCCAUGUGAGGAAAUCGUAGGCCUCUGAUGAAUUAGCGGGGUUCUCUUAGCAAAAAAAAUUGUUUCCCUGAGCUCUAUGCAUUUGCUCAACUUAAAAAAUUCUUAUCUGUGCAUUUUAAGUGGAAAGCAGAUUGAUAAACGCAAAUGUUUGUGUAGGAGUUUUUAGUCUCACAUGCCCUACUCAGGUACUCUCAGCUGAUGCACACUACGACAAUGCAUUCAUUUGUUCUUUGGACAUUCACUGAACACUUCAUUUUAGAGGCUGCUCCUGUAAAAUCAUGCAAAGAAAUUUUCCAAAGACAGUUGACCUUUUUUUCCAGAAAAGCAGAUAAUCCCUUGGAGUCUGACCAAUUAUAUAUUUAAAAUGUAAAGAAAUUUAUAUAUUUGCUUAUAUAAGUUAAAUAUAUUUAUUUCCGAGGGGCGCCUGGCUGUCUCAGUCGGUAGAACGUGUGAACCUUGACCUGAAGGUUGUGAGUUUGAGCCCCAUAUUUGAUAUAGAGAUUAUUUACAAAUAAAAUAUCUUUGGGGAGCCUGGACGGCUCAGUU